GCUGAGGAGCAGGUCCGGCUGGUUUCUAGGUGCUCUAUUACACCAGCAUGCCAGAGCCAGCCAGCCCCACCUAAUUGGGUUUCUCUGGCACCCUCCCUCUCAGAGCGACUCUCUCACUCUUAACUCAUUUCUUUUCUCUUCUGCACCAACCAGGACAACUGGGAUAGUUCAGUUCCAUCUAGAAAUACCUGCUAGCCCUGAAGAUUCCUCUGAGUAAAGCCAAUAGCAAGAAAAGCCACAAUGCUGACUUUAGCCAAAAUUGUGCUGAUUUCAACUUUGUUUAUUUCACUGCCCUUUGAGAACUAUGGAACAAAUGAUCUAGAAAAAAACACAACACAAGGCAUUGCAAAAACUUGGAAAACAGAGGAAUACAAACUCAGUUUGGAAAAAGAAACAAAUGAAAAUUCAGACAAAGAAAACAAAAAUGUCUCCAUGGCCAGGGCAGCUCAUUCACUUCGCUUGGACUCAUCCUAUGUAACAACUUCGACCAGAAAUUUAACCACAGGCAGUUUCACUAAGGCUCCAGGACCCACGGCCACAUUUUCUACAAGCCCCCCCUUGGUCCACAGCUUUGUUUCCAAAUUGCCUUUGAACUCAACUCUAGCAGAUGAAAGUCUUGUCCAGGUCUCAACACACCCCAAUUCCACAAGGACUGCAUCAUUAGAAAACUUCAGCUGGUCCCUGGACAAGGACACUGUGUACGUUCCCAACAAUAGCUCCACUGGCAUCAGCAUCCUCCCUCCAGUGCCAACCACCCAGUCUGUGACACCGCUCACAACGGAGCCAACUGGAUGGACCCCCACAGAUGCAGACAGCUUUGCGGGCUUUACUCCCUAUCAAGAAAAAUCAACAGUACAGCCCACUUUGAAAUUCACUAACAAUUCGAAGCUCUUUCCGAGUACGUCAGAGCCCCAGAAAGAAAACAAAAAUCCUGGAGUGGUGUUUGGGGCCAUUCUAGGGGCGAUUCUGGGAGUUUCCUUGCUCAGCCUCGUGGGCUACUUGUUGUGUGGAAAGAGGAAAACAGAUUCAUUUUCCCAUCGGCGCCUUUAUGAUGACAGAAAUGAGCCAGUUCUGCGAUUAGACAACACACCAGAGCCGUACGACAUGGGCUUUGGGAGUCCUAGCUACUACAACCCAUCUGUGAGUCACUCUUCGGAGCUGGAAGGACGAGCCAAUGCGCAGGACAGCAUUCCAAUGGACGCCAUUCCUCCCCUUCGUACCGCGGUGUGACCCUACACAACAGAGGCCUCCGACAGCCAGUGUCCCUGUGCCCUGGCCACUCAGCGUGCUGCCAGUACCCGAGGGUUUGUGCAAGGUCGCUGGCACAGGGAUUGUGCAAACAGAACCCUGAGAACCUGACACGAGUAGCAGAAACACAGAGAGGCCAGGUCCUUUCAAAAGUGUCCCCACUUGCACCAUUCAGCUGGGCUGAAGCUCCUAUUUCAGAGAUGUGAUUUGCACUUUGAUCUGCUUUUUUCUCUUAGAAGGAAAUGUUUGCAGAAUCAGAUAAAAGAUAUCAGCAUGAUAGCAGUGCUUGAUAAUUUAAUAAUAAAAAUCUUUCAACAGGGCUGGGGAGAUAGCUUGGCUGUCU